GUUGUGGGWUUAGGAGGAGACUGCAGAUCACUUUUCCCAGUUUCUGGCCAGCUCCUGACCCCAUUGUGCCCYGCCACAGGACUGACCACUGCUACUUUUCUCUCUUUUUCUGCAGCCUAUUUCUUCCUCCAGGUGAUCCAUGCUAGGAGGUURUUUGGCAUUUCACCUCCAAAGAUCUCAGGCCCUCCUGAAUUUGAAMGGAUCUUUCGAGCACAGCUGGAGCAGCCCCAAGCCCUUUUGGGUGUGCUUGCUCCCUUGAGGGGUAAGCAGGGCAUGGGACCCCACACAGGGGCAGGGGACAGCCAGGGGCUGCCUUUCCACCCCACUUCAUCAGGGAGGAGRGGGCUGUUCCCAGGCAGGAAGCUUGGUGCCAGCAGCUGCCUCUCUCCCACCAGGCUCACCCCGAUGUAUUUCAGCGCUGGAGUUCUCUGGAUUCUCAYUGCAGUGUCAGCCCUGAGCAUCCUGCAUUUCUUCCUCUCUCACUAUGUGGGGCUGAACGUCCUCCAGCUUCUCACAGCAUGAGCCACUCCUCUCCCUCAUCACUGUCCUCAUCUCCAAGUCCUGCUCCCUCCUGCCUGCUUUAACAGACUGGCUGCAACUCAACAGCCCCCAGUGAGCAAUCCACCUUCACCYGAGGUUUUAACACUUCCUUGCUCACUGCCCAGAACGUGCAGGAACUGCUGAGCUCUUCAGGAGAUAUUUUUCCCCCACGGCACUUUGUGUGCCAAGUGCUCCACGUCUGGCGGCUCCAUCGUAUCUGAUGUUGGAAGAAGAAUAAUCCAAAACAAGGAGAGUUUUAGGAAAACAGGACAUAUAAAAGCAAACUCUUCUCAGUCUGAGUUUCCCAGUGAGUUGCCAAAGGGAAGUGCCACAUGUUCCCCGUU